GCGUGGCUUCAAGUCACUCGCAGGUAGAGAUGUGCUGAGUGACGUGUGCAGGAUUUCCUGAUUGAUUUGGAACUUGACUGGGAGUUUGGCAGUGAGUGCGCGCGCACGCGUGCGUGUUCUCUUCUUCUUAUUCUUUACGCUCCAGUCCACCAAUAUCAGAAUCCAAGACUAGUGGACGAAAGGUGCUUCCGGUGGGGCUUUUAACUAAUUCGUUUUAUUAGUUGUUACAUCCGACUAAUGUGUACAUGUUUUGGGGGGAAGGUUGGAAGCUCCGCGUGCAUACUUUAUCUCCUACCGGCCCGCACCUGCUCCAGGGGGAGUUGCCAGUGACCCUCGUGUACAGCAUUACACCAUGGACGUUAGUCCAAAGUGAAAAAGCCGUCCGGAUAAAGUUUACAUACUUUAAGGGCAGCAUAUCAUCGGUUGUUUUGACCUCGAAAACGACUUUAUUCGAGCACGAGAGCUAUGCCGGCGUAUCUCUUCGUUUUUAAGUCGAGUUAUUAUUUUACUAAACACCAGUAAACUGUCUUCAAAACUUCCAAACUGACCAGAGGAGAAGGCUUGGCGAACAAGAAAACGGUAGAGUCCUAUACUUUUGUUUUCAUCAUGAAUAUGAACAAUUUCUGCAGAGUGUGUGGUUCAGCUCUAAAGGGCAACCAAAGACGCUGGAUUUUUGGAAAGCAGCAGCAUUCCCUUGGUUCCAGAUCUAGUUUGAUCUCUGCAGAUGGGACCUGGAGCAGCUCUCCUUCCUUGGAAUCUGUUUCUUCCCAAUCCAUGUCUGUCUUUCCAGUUCAGAAAAUUGAUCUGCUUGCUAUUUUGACCCAUGUGUUGGGCAGAGAAAUACAAAGAAAAGAUGGCCGUGGUGAGUUCUUGUGCUCCAAAUGUGUUUCAGUGUUGGAGCGCAUCUUCAAGUUCGAUACAGUGAUUGCCCGUAUAAGGGCAUUGUCUCUGGAAAACCUGCAGCGUCUUGCUUCAGAGAAAGAGAACUUGAGCCAUUGGAUGGCUGGACUAUACAAUCGCCGACAUCAGCUAAAGAAGAGUAGCAGUACCGGCAGUGUUGAUAGUAUAAGUAAUGAGGCCCAAGAUUCUUACCAGGAGAUGCUAAGAUGCAAUAUGGCUCUAUCUGACUUUGAGUGGUGGUCUGAAAAGUGGGAUGUUUGUCCGCAUUAUCGGAAAACUGGCAAGUCUUGCAGAAAUGGCAAGAGCUGUGAAGGAUGCAAUGCCUUACGAGUUUCAGACUCUGAUUAUGAAUCUGUUUGUGGUAUUCCUAGACGCUUAUCUCAUAAAGUUCAAAAUUCUUCCCUGCCUUCUCCAUUGCCUCUGUCACGUGACAAGUCCCGCAGUAUGCCACUUGAUUGGCUAAACCCAUCCGUGACAGGGAGCAGUAAAGCAGGAAGAGAAAGCAGAAGCUCUGUUGGGGACUCCCGUCAGUCACUGAACUGUGAAAGUUUAGAGGAUGCAUCCCGCACAAAUUCUGUUAUUUCUUUGGAUUCAACUAAUAUUCUGGAUUCUUUUGAGUGGCCUUUGAGUCCUGGGGUGACAUCUCCUUUCUUGACUGAAGUUCUGAGUAAAGUUAAAGAAAUUGAGUACAGACCAGUGUCUUCACCCCCACAUUGUCGAAUUCCUGUAAGGUCUAACACUGGAGAACUGAAACGGAGAACCCCAAAAUCCAGGAGUUUGUCUGAAGCAAUGGACACAGAAAAAUGUCAAGAGCAGACUGUAAACCGGGCUCUGAAUUUUGAGUUGGAGUUCGAUGAAAGCAAGGUGGAAAAGGGAGAUGUAUUUAUUGAACACCAUGAGUUUUUGCCCUUCAACUCUGCAAGGCCUGCAGAGAGGCAGCUGUUACAAGUUUCUGUCAGACAGCUCAUAGGACAGUUAGAGCAUGCUCAUGCUAAAAUCCGGUCACUGGAUCAAAAGCACAGUGAAGAAACUGAGCAGAUUGUUUUACCUAAUAUUGUUGUGACUGAAGAAUUAAGUAUGCCUGAGACUCAGAGUCAACUCAUAGAAAUUCUAGGAGACAGACUUCACAGAAAAGAAAAACUGUUACAGGAGUGUAUCACACUUAUUGGGAAAUUAAAUGCUGGCACUUGCAUGUGCCCAGAUACAGAUGAGUCCAUAAUUACUGGGCUUCAAGAAAGGCUAAAACAGCAGGAUCAAGCAAUUAAGCAAUCUGAAGAAGAAAAUGUUGCUGAGAUAAAAGAACUAAAAAAACAGUUAAAUGAUUUGCAUGCCUCUUCAACAGAAAAGGAUAAAGACCUUUCCAAUUUGACACUUGUUCUACAGAAAAAUCAAGAGCUGUUUGAAGCCUUACACUCAGAUUUGUUGCUGAAGGAUAAUGCUCUGAAUGAACAGCUCAACAUUCUGCGAAGAGAACGGGAGAGCUGGAUGCACAGAGAUAGUGUGAUCACAGGCAUACUGAAAGAAAAAGACCAGUUGCUUUGUUCGCAACAGCUUGCUUUGGAAAGCAGUUAUAGGAAUGUGCAAGCCUUGUCUGACUCUGUAAUUAGCCAAAGAGUUAGCGGUAGUGAAACAUCUGCCCUGUUGGCUAGUCAGCUUGAGGAAAAAGAAGCCAUUCUGCAUCAGAUACUAGAAGAGCAGAAGGAGCAAGAGGAUGCUCACUGGAAGCAAGUUAAGCAGCUGCUAACUGCUUUAGAAAACAGAGAAAAAAUAUUACAGGAUCAGUCUGCACGACAUGCUGAAGCACUUUCUGGUAUUACUCAGGAAUUUCGUGAAGCUCAUAAGAAGCUGAGAAAGUAUGAAAAAGAAAUACAGAAACAUGAGAAGAAAACUAAUAUGUGGGAAAGUGAAAAGAGGAAGUUAAACUUUGCUUUGAGGCAGACAUACCAGAUUUUUCAGCAGAUAUUGCUUGACUCGGAAGAAAAAGACCAUUUACUUUUAAUGCUGCAGGAGCACAUCAAAGAGCACAGUGACUUCAAGACAGGAGUGAAACAAAGUUUAUAAAAGGUGAAAUAUCAACUCAACUUUAGAAAUUGGAAAUCAUUCUCUUUAAAAGCUCUUGGACCAUAUUGGCUUCAGGGACGCUGCAGACUGUAUUUGAUUCACUACAUAAGUGGAGCAACAGCAACAUAUAUGCUUUGUGACCCAGAAGUGUCAAAAGAACUGUUUUCAGGGUUUUGGAUAUAUGUUUUAAUUUAUAUUUGGGAUUUUCACAUAUUAUUGGGAGAGAUUGCACUGCCAUUUUAAUUUUAAUGUGCAACUUUUUUUUAAUCAAUGUAGUGGUUUACACUGCCAGUGAUUCACAAAUUAUUUUUUUAAACACGCUUUGCUUUAAGGUGUCUUUGAUUUAAUUUAACUAGUGCCUCAAAGCUCAUAUCUGUAAACCAGUGCAAAUAAAUACUGAAGUGUAAACUUAACUAUAUUAAGUUAAUAACAAGCAAGAAAUGUAUAACAUAUGGGGCCUUUUAAAUGUAACUUUUCAUGAGCCAAUUACACCCAAAAAUCACUGCAGGUAUUUCAAAGCUGCUUCUGUAUAUAUGAUGGGUUACUGGUAGUAAUUUGUUAUACCCACCAUAGAAUAGUAAAGGGACUCAACAACUCAUUCAAGUGCAGGAAACUUUGUGGAAGAUAAUUAUAUAGUACUAUUGUACAUGUACACUGUCCACAGAAAUAAUUUAAAGAGCAGAUGGGCAUGCAGUAGCUGAAAUCUUAUGUGUGCAGUCACAGUCAUUUAUAGUAGUAAAAAAAUAAUAAUCUGAAAUGUAGGUUGGUUGACAUUUCAAAACAAAGUUUACAUCCUAAUGUCUGAUCUUUUUCAGACUCUGUAUUCCUAAUGCUUUAAGGACCAAACCCACAAGUAUACUUUUUAUUUUCUUUGCUUUCAUACAGUUACCUGGCAAGUGAAACUUAUUCCUGUACUGAUGAUUUUAAGGACCAGAUAGUUUUGAUUUAAUUUUUUUAUAUCAUUUAAAAGGUUUUACUCCAGAAACACAGCGAUUUGAGGUACAUGUUAUCAAAGAAGAUUUUGUUUAAUGACUUAUAUGGGGUUCUUUGGGAAUAAAUUGUUGCACAAUGGAUGCUUGUACUUUUUUAAUCUUAAUUCUACCUCACAUUGUUUUGCCUUCCUUCCUAAAAGAAAGAUGGAAAAUGAUUCUAUAGUGAAAAUCAUUUUAAAUAUAAAGAUGUUAUUUAUUUAGUCUAUAAAUAUAGUUCCAAGUCUUCACCUCAAAAAGUAGAAUAACAAAUCAGUAUGGAUUUAUUGUGUUGGUAAAGAUUAUUUUUAUGUACUGUAUAUAUUUUAAAUCUUUGAUUUUUAACAUUUAAGUAAAUAUUCUGUUUGAAGAUUUGUAAGCAAUCUGUGUUUUAGCAACUUGUUUACAGUUAGUGUAACAGGUGUUUCAAACUGUUGAAUUUAUUUAAUCCAUUACUCAAUUUUGUUUUUAAUUCCAAAUUGUCAUCUCCUUUUGACCAUAUAGGUUUUAUGCCAUUUAUUAAUUUACUGUCCAACAUUAGGUUUGCAUUAUACAGCACAGAGUUAUAGUUUUCUUAGGGCCUUUUCCGCAUAUUGGGUAUGAAAAAUAUUUUGGCGUUGUUUAACUUUUAGAGUCAUUUUUAUUGCUGACAAACAUGCUGUUAUGUUAAUAGUUACUGAUUAAAUGCUGGUUCACCACAUUUUGCUUGCCACUGACAAGUAAUAAGUUAUAUCUUUAAUCCCCAUGGACAGGGAAUUGUCAUUGAAAAGGCUUUUGUCAGAUAUUCAAAUGUGUACAUCACAAUGUCUUCUGUCCAUUGGGAAAACAAUCAAACAUAUUUAAUCCAAUUCAGGCUUUUGUGGUUUCUAUCCCAGGAAGAUUGGAUAAAAGUUAGGACCUGAUUCUCCGCUAGAAAGCAGUUCUUCACAGGACCAUGGAACACAACCAUACUGACUCAAACAGGCAUUCCUUACAGGCACCAGAUAACCUUCUGUCUUUGAGACGCAGGAAGAAAAUCAAAACCCAACACAGAGAACAUACCAACUCCACAUGGACACUAUUAUAUUGGUAUUUAGUCACAGCCUUUUAGUUUUUAGUCCACAAUAACUACAGUGCCUGUAUGCCAGCCACUUAUAACUUUUAUUUUAUUUUACAAAUCAUUAGCUGCUUGUAAAAUGUUUUAAUUUAAUAAAAUGUCGCUCUGUGUAUUGUACUGCUACAAAAUAUUUUCAUUUAUUUAUAACUUGAGUUAACUAAGUUGCCACUUUUUUAGCUACUUCUACUUAUUACCAGGUUGACCGUCCUUUUGACUCCAAUUCUUGAAAAUCUUUUGGCCAGACAUUAAUGCUAUAAACCUCCCAUUCUGUCUCAUCCUUAAGGCACUGGAUUGAGAUGUAACAAAACUUAUCUGAGUGCCAGAGCAUUACUAACACUGUGCUCGAGUCAAGAAGCCCAAUGUGUACAAAAAAUAAGUACAUGCUGUUUAUGCCAAAUUACUAUUUUUCAAAAUAUUAUGUAUUCUGCAUUGUGUGUGUGUAUAUGCACUAACACGAUUACAUUAAAUGUAACUUAAUGUAUGCCAUACUACAUCUUAUUCAAAAUAAGUCACAUACCCAUACUUGAACCCAUCCAAAGAACAAAGAAAGAUAUGUCUAAAAGGUUAACAGUGUUGUAGCAUUCUGUUAUUUGAGGACACUAUUAGUUAUUACCUAAAAACAUUUUGGAUUGGUUUCUUGUAAAAUAAAUUUGCGUGUGUGGUAGCUUUUACUGAAAUAAAUCAUCCUUUUCCAAUGUUG